AUGCGGCUUGGAGGACAAACGGCAUUGCAUGCGUUGCACAAAGCAGCAGGGUUCCCGGGGGCAUCGACGGUGUACGCGAAGAUCAGGGAGCGUUCGAUGAAGUUUGUCGUGUGCGCCUCGCUUGAGAAGGACUGCCUGGUUGCGGCAAUCACCGCCAACCUUGAGCGCUUUUCGCGGCUGUACGAUGGCGAAAGGAGAGUGGUCAUUCUGGAGAUCGACGAGAUUGCAACGGAGCCGCGUGCAAGAUAUUACGGUCUUACGGACGAGAUUUUGGGUCUGUGCGUGCAGCACACCCCUCCCAAGAGUACCAAGUUCGACCUUGACAACCUUGAAGACCUUUCCGGCCGGCUCAACGAGGGGCACUCGCAUAUUGGGAGCGAACACACCGUCAUCUCCGCUUGUGCUCUUGGAGAUACUCCGCACCACGCGAUACCAGUCGUGGCGUUCGCCAGCUGCAAGGCGCGUAACCCAGGACAGCAGCAACUCGUCUUUGAAACGGUCAGACACUGUAUCAUUGUCUCCCUUGUGGAGGUACCCGGGAAACUGUGCCUCCAGUUAAUAUGGUUGAUGAUAACGCGGAAGGUCGAGGCAAGCCGAGGGAUACUGGAAGUGUGGAACGAUCGGUUCGCUCCCACCAUCGACCCCAUCGUGCUCGUGGCUUCAGAUGGGGACGGCGUGAGGCGCCGGUUGCUCUACAACUUCACCAGCAGUGUCACGUCCGAGAAGUUCGCUGAGUUCGACCUCCUCGACGCCAUGACUAGCGAGUACGGCGUGGUACAGUGCUUCGAUCUGAAGCACAACCUGAAGCGGCUUCGCACGAGGGACAUUUCGAAGAGAGGGGUGAAGAUAUCGGCGAGCGCGCUUCCGCUUAACUGUGACAGCUUUCCACAGCUAUUUCGGUGGUACGACUGCAAACCGAACGAGACAUACAGGACCUUGCUCAACCCGGACGACAGAACGUCGGGCUUGCGAUGA